AAAACACACUUGAAAAGUAUUUGUCUGCAGUAUCAGCUGUAUCUUCUUCUGAACAGCCAUUUCUUUUGCCUUUUAAGGAAUGAGAAGGGACUAUUCACCAUCUUCCUAUGUGCUUAUGUACCAAAGACAGCAGCAGGUCACUGCAAGUGGGCAGAAGUUCUGAAAGAUUUGGAGCAGAUCAAGACAUCCAAAGACAUUGAUGUCAGUUUAUAUACUGCAAACACAGAUGAGGAUAAAGAAUGCCAAAUACCUGUAAUGAGAUGCUUUUUCUUAGAGAUGAAAGUGGUUGUUCACGAAUGUCGUAUCAAAAAUUGUAGUAAAACACAAGAUGUAUUGAACAUAUGGAAAAACGGAAAAGCAAGCUUAGAAAAUAGUAAGUUGAACUCCACAACGUCAGUGAAAUGCAAAGAAUGUGAAGAGUAUGAAGAAAAAGAUUUUACAGAAUUUAUACAAAGUUUUGUAAAGGUUAUACAGAGGGAAUGUAAGCACUGA